AUGCUUCCCCCAACCAUUAAAGGAAAGGCUCGACGAAGGGAGGGAGAUGCGGCGGGGGAAGGAAAACGCUUUCGGAGAUCGAGAUUUUUUUUUGUUUUUCAUCGAAAACGAAGAAGGCCGAGGAUGGCCUACGGUGCGUGUUAUCUGAAGGGAACACGCUUUUUCGACCGCGGUGGUAUGAUUGCCGGGCCCUCUCCUCGUUCCGCCCGCUGGCCUAUUGGGAUAGCAGCCUUCGGGCUUUGCCUGCCCUUUUUUUCUCGGCCCGGGAAAGCGCUGGCAACAACAGAAAGGAAGGGGUCCAUGUAG